AUGAACUUUGAGGGCGCCAAAAAACUUGUCACUCUCGAAUGUUCAGCUCAUACUCAGCUAUGUCUUGAUAUUAUUGAUGCUAUAGAACAUGGAGCAAAUCGAGUUUUAUUGGUUGGCGCUUCAGGUUCAGGAAAAUCUCAUAUCGCAACUCGAAUUUUAAAGGGUAUCUACAAAGAUUAUACAACGGUUACAGCGGAAAUUGGAUAUGAUGUUCAUGAGCGUGAAUCAAUUCAUCAAUUAGGCGAAAAAAUGGCGACAAAAAUUAUUUUAUUAGAAGAACUAUCCGAUUUUUCAAUGAACAAUACCUCUCGUGAUCGAAGGUUAACUUGUGCACUUGCAAAUAUGCUAUUUUAUCCUGACUUAAUAAUUGCAACUACUAGAGAUAAGUCAUCUGUUGAUCCUUCCUUACUCAAAUACUUCCCAUUAGAAUUUACUAUCAAGCCUCCAUCUCUUGACGAACGAAGAUCUCUUCUUGAAUCAAUUUACACAAAUAAUGAAUCUUGUCCUCCACUUGCAAAGCAAUUUCACGAUACUACUGACAAAGAAAAGCAAAACUACAUACUUAGACAGUUUGCUAGUCUUCAUCCUUCUGAUAUUCUCAUAUCAAAACCUCUCGAUGAACAAAAACCAUUCUCAAACAUCGCCGGCGCCGACAAAAUCCUCAAAAAACUAGAAUUCCUUGUACUUAAACCACUUACUAACAGAGAAAUCUUUACAGACAUGGGAGUUCUCCCACCAAGAGGCGUUUUACUUGUUGGACCAAGUGGAGUUGGAAAAUCAUUAAUUGCAAGAUCAAUUGGCCAUGCCUCUCGUGUUUCUUUCUUCGAUAUCACAUGCACAGAGAUUAUUGCACCAGAAGUAGGUGAAAGCGAGCGUCGUCUUCAUUCCAUUUUCGAGAGAGCGCGUUCUUCAUCUCCAAGUUUGAUUUUGUUUGAUGAUAUCGAUAGUAUUGCUCCUCCAAGAACAUUUGGACAAAGUUUAAACGAAGCUGCUGAUAGAUUAUUAACUACUUUGCUAGUAGAAACUGAUGGUUUGGUUGGUAGAGAUGAUGGUGUCAUUGUUAUGGCUACAACAAGUCGUCUUUCUGCUUUGGAUUCCGCAAUAACAAGACCAGGAAGAUUCGAUUACAUCAUUGACAUAAAUCUGCCAAAUGAUGAAGAAAGAGGUGAAAUGUUCGAUUUAUUCGCAAAGGGAGUACCAAUAGAGAAUAUCGGUGAAGCAAAGAAAUAUGUUGUUGAAUCAACAAAUGGAAGAACUGGUGCUGAUAUAGAAGGAAUUGUUAGAGAAGCGGCAAUGAUAGAAUUGAGGGAAAAUAUUGAUUCAAAAGUUAUCACGAUUGAUGCAUUUAAACAGGCUUUGGAACCAUAUAAGAUCAAGGACACAAUAAGUAAGAAAGGACCAUUGACAUUCGCUAAACCAAAGUCUCAGAUAAAGAAAGGAAAAAUGCAUUUUGUUUAA